AACAGGCAGCCAGCCCCAUCAGUCACGUGGUACAGGGUGCAGCAACGUCAUUAGGGCAGAGAUUUGUGAAGAAUAAGCAGACAGCAGGAAAGAGACCCGGAGGUGCGACACUUUCUUAGCAUUUGCAUCGUUUUUUUCCUGGCCAGAGAGAGAACAGAGUAUCUGUUCAACAUUUUAGAGACCCAAAUGCCCGGUCCCACCCAAGCCCUUUCCCCAAAUGGAGAGAAUAACAACGACAUCGUCCCGGACAACGGAACCAACAUCAUUCCUUACAGGAAAAAUACAGUGCGAGGAGAGCGCGCCUACAGUUGGGGAAUGGCGGUCAACGUAUAUUCUACCUCAAUAACCCAGGAGACUAUGAGCAGGCAUGACAUCACUGCCUGGGUUAACGAUAUGUUCUGCCUAAACUAUACGAAAGUGGAGCAGCUCUCCUCAGGAGCUGCCUAUUGCCAGUUCAUGGAUCUGCUCUUCCCUGGCUGCAUCAGUCUUAAGAAGGUCAAGUUUCAAGCUAAGUUGGAGCACGAGUACAUUCACAAUUUCAAACUGUUGCAGGCAUCCUUCAAACGGAUGAACGUGGACAAGAUUAUUCCUGUGGAGAAACUGGUUAAAGGCAGAUUUCAGGACAAUCUUGAUUUCAUCCAGUGGUUUAAGAAGUUCUUUGAUGCCAAUUACGAUGGUAAAGAAUACGACCCAGUUGCAGCCAGACAGGGUCAGGAUGCUAUUCCCCCACCUGACCCCGGUGAGCAGAUCUUCAACCUGCCAAAGAAGUCCCUCCACGCAGCCAGCUCCCCUACUGCAGGAGCAUCACGGUCGAGUUCUACAACCCCCAAGUCCUCGACACCAACAUCCCGGCCCUCGUCGGCCAAAAAGAUUCCGACAAUUGCAACACCAAUUCCUGCCAAAGGAGAGAAAGAACUGGAAGCACAGGUCACACAACUUACCGAGCAGAUGAACACAUUAAAGUCGGCACUGGAAGGAGUGGAGAAGGAGAGGGACUACUACUUCAGCAAACUGCGAGAGGUGGAGCUGCUGUGCCAGGAUCAGGGUGAAGAAAAUGCCCCGUUUGUCGAUCGGCUAAUGGAGGUCCUAUACGCUUCAGAAGAACAGGAAGGAGCAGAGCUGGCUGAAGGUGAUGCUGAGGAAGUAGGGGAGCAAGUCCACGAGGAGGCGACAGGAUGAUCAGCAGGAGGAACAGGAUGAAUACUGACUGCCAUCAUCCCUCACCGCAGUUACAUCCCUCCUUUUUUAAUAUGUGAGAACUGUUAAAGGAUUUUAAUUUUUUCCUCAUGGUUUAUCUUUUUGUUCUCUCCAAGACUUGAGCACAUGAAGCAACCUCCUGAAUAGAAGCCACAAUCACAGUUUUUUAUUUUUUUGUAUCCCUCUGCUCACUGUUCAAUGUUUUUUGUGACUUUUGAUGAACUGCUGUGGCAGGUUUGUGGUGACCACCUCCGCCAGCAGAACGAGCUCAGACCAUCACAGAGGUUUUUCUGAGGACUGUGUGGGUGGCAAGUCGAUUCAAAUUCUACAGUAGACGUGAUGAAAUACUGAAGUUCAGACGGGUAACUGUUACCCAUCGGUGCAAAUGCUAACUUCCCAGCUUCUGUCCUUUUUUUUCUUUUCAUUUUGUUUUUUCUUUUGCAUACCAACAAUAUUAACCACAAAAAUGCAAUAAGCAAAGCCCAGAAAGGGCUCAUAGUAGCUCUUAUUUAACCUCCUUCCAUAUGUUGCACUGACAUUUGACUCUGUAUUGGACAAUCUGUCCAUAGACCCUCACCAUAUUUAUUAUUAUUAUUAUUAUUAUUAUUAUUAUUAUUAUUAUUAUUAUUAAGCCUUAGGAAUUGUGUGAGAUUCUGCAUUGAAUCCUCAUGAAGGAGGACAAUACAGUCAACGAAUUGUGAAUAAAAUGUAGUAUAAUGUCAACGUAUUACUGUUACAACUAUCCUCACAAAUUACAACAUUUCAGAUGAUCAGUGUGCUCAACAUUGUGUUAUUCACAUCAUACAAGUUGGUUUGGUGAUAGAGUUAACUUGGUAUGCCAUAAACGUAGGAAGAAACGUUGUGGACUAGUCUUAUUAUGAUGCAGCAUUUUAAGUUUUAAACCUCAGCUGGAACUUGUGGUCUGUUUUGGAUUUCAGAUGUUAUUUUUUUUUUUUAACCACAGGUCUUAGGGAGAGUCAGUUCACUGAGCAAUUUGCCAUGCUAUAUUCCAGUAAGUACAUUGUAUACCCUUUCUUAAUAUUGCAUUUACUAAUAUUGAACUGGGCAGUGCACCAUAAUGCUUUAGUUAUAUAUUAUUGUGUAAAUGAAAAGGAAUGUAAACAUGUACUGUCAAAAAUUAAUGAAUGGUAAAUGUUUUUUUUUUCAUGUCCCACUCAUUAUGCAUUCCCCAAAAAAUGUGUUGCAUGUUUGCAUUUUAUUUGUGAAUAACUUGACCUGCUUUUUACAUAUUUAAUAAAAAACAAGGUAUGUUACAGUAAGUGAGCUUUUUGUAUGUUUAACUGGCUAUUUGAAAGAUGUUGAGAUUUGGAUGGAUUUGCUGUAAUAAAAUUACGUUUUAAGUCCA